CACAUUAACAUUACUGUGUAUAUAAUAACCAACAAUCUCAGAGUUCUAUUUGACCAGCUCUGUUAAAUCGAGAUAAUGUCGACGAAAAGUUUAGGGUAUUUAGUUUUGUUUAUGAUAUGGAUAAUAUUGCCAGCAAUUGUACUAAGCGAAGGAAAACUUUCAUUCUACAGAGGAACAACAGAAGAACACUCAUACUCUUUCAAGGAUACAACGAUAACUGAAUUUCUUUUCAAUAUGUGUUUCCAAACGCCACCAAAAGCCGUUUCCGUCAAAGUGAAACCAGCAGACAGUUCAGUAGAAAUUAAUUUCGACGUUAUUGUGCUCGAAAUAUCACAUGACAGAGUUCAAGUACGAUUGGAACGAAUUGACGAUACCCAGGGCUGGGAUUGGAUGUUAUUAACCGUGGAAUGGAUUGUUUACACUGACGAUGUUGGGUCUGAUUGGCAAAAAUACAACGGUUACGCCUACAAAGCUCUGCAGGGGGUUACGACGUAUGAAAAGGCAAGAGAGGCGUGUCGUUCAGAGGGGGCGUGGCUGCCGGUAUUUGGACCAAUGGAAAUUGCCGCCAAUGGUGGAAAUAAUUACAAUGAUAUAUUUGGGGACCGUCACUGGAUAGGAUUAAAAAGGGAAAAUGGAAAUGGAAAGUUUUUCUGGGAAAACUGGACAAAGUUGUCGUUGGAUAGCUACUGGAAACCUGGGGAACCUCACCAAAACAAGUUCUGCGUCAUUAGUCACACGGGCAACAAGUGGAAAACACAGGAUUGCGACCAAACAAGUAGCGUGGUAUGCGAGCGAAUCGCGCCGGUUCAUGAUGAUGGCGGUCCAUAAGAAAUAUUUGAAUAAAUGUAUGAAUGAAUGAAAGUAACUUGCUUUAUUCUUGCGUGGCAGGAAAACGACAGUCAUUAUAACACGGGUGUUCUGUUUCAUACACCUCGUGCCUGCUGCUUACGAGUUACCACAUGUAUAACUUUGCGAGAAAUUGUUUGUCAUUUAUUUUAGUAUAUAUAUUUUUAUUGUAUGGCUGGCAAUUUAACCAUUAUAGUGACCACUGGUUUGGAGCAAUUGUCGUUAAGCGUCUUGCCCAAUGAUACAUACGCCCACAAUGGUGGGAGUGUUUGCUAUUCCAAAUUUUCACAUAAUAUUUCAAAGAAUUUAUUAUUCUCUAGAAUCGUAAUUAUAGUUUUAGUAGUUUUUAUAACAAGCACUAUAUACGCCCAUGUAAAUAAGCGAAGUUGAAAUAGCAAGGCAAAAUAUUUGAUCAGCAGUGAUUACUCGUGUGUUGUGAAAUGUACGAAUCAUUGCUCUGUAUAUUUCCAUAAACCGAAUAAACUAUAAAUAUACCAAACAGAUUGCGAAAUUGUAAAAAAAAGGAAUCAGAAAACGACUUUAAGUUGCUAUAAUUUAAGAAAAUGGUUUAUGCAUAUUAUGUAAGACUCGCACUUUAAUUCAUUAUGCGUGUUUUUAUAUGUAUAGUGGGGCGGGACACAUUUAGUACAUCAUAUUCACAUAUCUUGAUCGUGUUUUAAACAAUUAACAACGGUCUAUGGGAAUCGUGAAGCUAUAUUUUUAUAGUUCCUUGAAUGUUUUUGUGCCCCAUCUUUACCCGCCCCACUAUAUAUUGUCAUUCAUAUACUUUAUUUUACCUGUUUAUUUAACGGUAAAACAGUGUCUCGCUACGAAAUGUAUCAAAAUAACUAUAAAAUGACAAAUUUCCAUCAAAGUUAUAUUGAAAUGCUCUUAAAUAAAUAAAGUUUGCAGCAAAAACUUUAACAGCUAUAUUGUACUGGGAGGUAAGAUAUGGAUGCGUCAGCACACUAUAUCCAAUAUUUUCUAAUUCGUUUUUUUAACAAUUACCAACUUUAUAUUAUAGAUUUAAUGAUACGGUUAUAUAAUUUUGCAAUUUUUUUUUGUUUACUACCAAAUGGGCCAUAAAAGAAAAUAAAAACAUAAAACAUUUUACCCUACUUUAUGUGUAGCUUAUAUAUAAGUAUGUAAUAAGUUGAAGUAUAAAUAUAUGGUAGGGUGGGGGAAAAAGGGUCACCUUUUAAUUAUAUCUUGCCGACCAAUUUGGUAAAAAACAAAGAUCAUUCAAAUAAUUAUAAAACCGUAUCCUCACGACUCCCAUAGACCGUUGUUUGUUUAAAACACGAUCAGGAUAUUUUAAUAAUAUGUGCUAAAGGUGUCCUAUAUUACGCCACCGUAAUAUAUCUAAAUAGUA